CUCUCAAUCUCUGUUCGUUUCGUACGCUGCAUUCACAAUUUUAAAUAUUCUCUCCGUGUGCACCGAGUCAACUCGCCAAUCUCCGAAACCGACCUUCCUCGCCGCCACAAAUCACCGUCGGAGCCUAUUCGCCGAUCCUCUUAUGGAGAAUCUCAUCUCAUUGGUCAACAAGAUCCAGAGGGCUUGCACCGCUCUCGGCGAUUACGGUGAAGAAAGCACGUUGCCGACUCUCUGGGACGCGUUGCCGGCUAUCGCCGUCGUCGGAGGCCAGAGCUCUGGGAAGUCUUCAGUGCUGGAGAGUGUUGUAGGAAAGGACUUCUUGCCUCGUGGAUCUGGUAUUGUUACUCGUCGUCCUCUUGUCUUACAGCUUCAUAAGAUUGAUGAAGGAAGAGAAUAUGCUGAGUUCCUUCACCUCCCGAGAAAGAGGUUCACUGAUUUUGCUGCUGUAAGGCAGGAAAUUUCUGAUGAAACUGAUCGAGAGACAGGCCGCUCCAAACAAAUUUCUUCUGUUCCAAUUCAUCUGAGUAUCUAUUCCCCUAACGUUGUGAACUUGACGCUGAUUGAUCUUCCUGGACUUACAAAAGUAGCUGUUGAGGGUCAACCUGACAGCAUUGUGCAUGACAUUGAGAAUAUGGUUCGGUCCUUUAUUGAGAAGCCCAACUGUAUAAUUCUAGCAAUUUCCCCUGCCAAUCAAGAUCUUGCUACAUCCGAUGCAAUUAAGAUCUCUCGUGAAGUUGAUCCCAGAGGGGAGAGGACAUUUGGAGUUUUGACGAAGAUUGAUCUUAUGGACAAGGGUACUGAUGCAGUGGAUAUCUUGGAAGGGAAGUCAUAUAAGCUACAGUUUCCUUGGAUUGGUGUUGUUAAUCGCUCUCAAGCUGAUAUUAACAAAAGUGUGGACAUGAUUGCUGCUCGCCGUCGAGAGCGGGAGUAUUUUUCCAACAGCCCAGAGUACAGGCAUCUUUCUCACAGGAUGGGUUCUGAGCAUUUAGGAAAGAUGCUUUCUAAGCAUUUGGAAACCGUCAUUAAGUCUCGAAUCCCAGGCCUUCAAUCUCUAAUUAGCAAAACUAUUGCUGAACUUGAGUCAGAGUUGAGCCGGCUCGGGAAGCCAAUAGCUUCUGAUGCUGGGGGCAAAUUGUACAUGAUAAUGGAAAUCUGUCGUUGUUUCGAUCAAAUAUUCAAAGAACAUCUUGAUGGGAUACGCCCUGGUGGUGACAAAGUCUACAAUGUCUUUGAUUCCCAGCUACCUGCUGCUUUGAAAAGGCUGCAAUUUGACAAGCAACUUUCAAUGGAGAAUGUAAAAAAGCUAAUUACCGAAGCUGAUGGAUAUCAACCUCAUCUAAUAGCUCCUGAACAAGGAUAUCGCCGUCUCAUUGAGUCUUCUAUAGUUACUAUUAGAGGUCCAGCGGAGGCAGCUGUUGAUGCGGUUCAUGCUAUACUCAAGGACCUAGUUCACAAGUCUAUCAGUGAGACUCUGGAACUAAAGCAGUAUCCCUCUCUGAGAGUGGAGGUCACAAAUGCAGCCUGUGAAGCAUUGGACAGGAUGAAGGAAGAAAGUAGGAGAGCAACUGUCCAACUUGUUGACAUGGAGACGAGUUACCUGACAGUUGAAUUCUUCCGGAAACUUCCUCAAGAUAUUGAGAAGGGGGGCAAUCCAACGCAUUCAAUUUUUGAUAGAUAUAAUGAUUCAUAUCUUCGCCGAAUUGGAACAACCGUCUUGUCUUAUGUUACUAUGGUGGUUGCAAGUCUGAGGAAUUCCAUCCCCAAGUCCGUUGUUUACUGUCAAGUCCGUGAGGCGAAGCGCAGCUUACUCGACCAUUUCUUUGCCGAUCUGGGAAAAAAGGAGACAAAGCAGUUGGGUUCUUUGUUGGAUGAGGACCCUGCAGUCAUGCAGCGCCGGACCAACCUCGCUAAGCGGCUGGAGUUAUACAGAAGCGCUCAGGCAGAGAUCGAUGCAGUGGCCUGGUCUAAGUAGAGCUUGCAGCUUAUAUAUAUAUAUAUACAUAUUCUUCAGUCUUUGAAUCGUCUUAUAGGAAUGCUGUGAUUCUUUUAUUCUUGAUACCAAUUCUUUACGAGCUGAGUAGGGUACGUGCUACACGGCUUCCUCCGGUAGAAUGCAGCUUUGCGGAAGACAUGAUAACCUCUGAUUGUAUCCACUAUUUAUUUUUUUCCAUUUCUUCAUAAGUUGGCAGCUCCAGGUAGAAAGGACAUUAUUUUCCAUGUAAAACUCUAAUUUAUUGACUGAUAUUGCCAAUGCCUUUUUGUUCAUUGUAAAAUUCUGAUUAAGCCAGUCUUGCCU